UGUACCUGCUCUUCCCCACUCGACUCCUACACUCUUCGCGCCUUCAGCGCACCCACGCACAACCCCUAUACCCCUCUGUCGACUGUGCACGUCUAGCUCGACCUGCUACCCAUCUGGAACGGAACCAAGUCAUCUACGAGUCAUUCCGAUACCUCUUCUUUCCAGCAGUUAUCCCGUACGACCACACAUACGAAAACGCGUCCAACAUGGCACCACGGAACCGAAAAGCGGAGAACGGCGAGUCGUCACUGUCUGCCGGAACGAGCACAAAGGCGUCGGAGACAUCAGAGUCAAGCACGGAUGGCGUCCUCGCGAGUGCACUGCUGCCACCAACCGAGGGACGCGAGGUAGUGAAAGUAAACAACGCGAGCGUGACAGAGAUGAAGCACGCAUGCGAUGACGCGCUGAAGCGAUUCCUCUCACGACCUGAACUUUUCAACCAAAUCUACACGCAUACGGACGUCCGGCUAGGCCUCGGCUGGGCAAGUGUCUUCGUCGCGCUUGGGACGGGUCUGUACGGCUGGAAGGUCGACUUCGAAAAAAGCAAACCUGCAGUAUGGGCAGGCGUUAUCCUUUAUGUCCUAUUAACAACUAUCCAAACAUUGUAUGCCUACUUUGUCGAGGGCGAUAUUGUCUUCGUCGGCAAGCGCAAGACAUUUGACAAGCGCAUUGUCACAGAGCGAAUAACGCUCACCUCCACCUCCACGCCGUCCAAACCUUCCUCCCCUCCCGCUUACUCCCUCGGCCUCACCUACAUGCGCUCGACGUCCGGUGGCAAGUCGCUGCUCGGCCGGGGGCGCGCCAAGGGUGAUCGGGGCUAUAACACGUUCUUCGACGAGAAGGGCGUCAUGGACCAGGAGGCCUUCGAGCGGUGGGUCGGCGAGAUGGUUGGGCGGGUGAUGGUGGGCAAGAACGAGUGAUUCAAUCUGGGUAACGCGUCUGCGGCUUGUAGGCGUCUCGAGCGUAUCUGCACACGGAUGGGUGUAUGUGUAUGGGCUACUUAUUGUCCGGGAUAUUGGCACGACCGGUCUGGUGGGCGAUGUGCGAUACUUUCGGUGAGCGAGUCAGGUCUGCCAUUUUACGCUGAGGCUUCUCCCUUAGUAAGGAUCGCUCGUGGUGGCUGGACGAGGGUUCGUACAUUACACUACCACAGGUCCACAG